UAAUAUCUUCAGUUUCACACCUAGAUUCUUUCCAAAAUUAUAAAUGAACCCUCCUAGACUUUGUGCUCAGUGUAUUCAUUGCUAGACAGAAUCAAGAGUUCUCCAGGAGUGUACUACUGCCCUAGGGAUCUUAACAUCCCUUCCCAAGGAAAUUAGCAGGUUCUGUGUCCUGGUGAGUGGACAGGUUUAUAAAAUACCCUGUUUAGUACUGGUGCUGUGCAGUUGUUGGACACAUUCUCUGAUUUCUGGCCUUAGUAAGGUGAACUGGGUCUUCCAGUUCCUUAACUUAUCUGUCCUGCUGUAUGAAUAAGGGGUGUGGAACAUGAUCAGCAUUUGAGUGAAUCAGCAAGCUCUUCUACAAAAGAAGAUUUGAGUUGUCAUCAGCUCCAUGAAUAGGACUUUGAGGAACUCCUCAUCUGGAGAGAAGUUGUUGAAAGUGGCAGAAUUCCAGUUUUAUCAGCUGCCACUCCCUUUAUUGCUGAGUAUAGGAAGGAUUUUUCUCUCCGUUCACAAAAAUAUUCUCAGGAAAAUGAACUUUCCUCAAAUGCUUUUUGUCUGCUUCCAUAGCACUGUUGCUCAAGUCUAUAAAAUUCUGCAAUAUCUUUUUCAGUAACAUGCUGUAAUACUCAUCAAUACUGUUGAGUAUAGGGCUCCUACAGCCCCAGUUUCUCAAUUUCAGGGGCUUUCUACCAAAACCCCUGGUUUUGAAGUCAGAUCUGAAGUACUUUUUACAGUGUCUUGUAUCAUUUUUUAUCUGUGAGGAGGAGAUUCAGUAGUAUGGGCAGGACACAGAUAAGUUGCUAUUGCCAUAAACCCACCUCUUCCUAGCAAAUUCCCUAAUACUGAUCCCAGCAGAAAUGCCCAUUGCCUGUGUGCAGCACAUAUUCUCAUUUCAUCUGCUGCCAUGUACCUGCCCCUACAGACUAAAAAGUGUCUGGUCUGUUCCUGCUUCUCUGGUCCUUGCUCUAGAACAACAUUCCUCUUAUUUGCUGCUGAGGGGGAUGGCAGGAAUAUUGACCGGGAGUAAUUUUAUCUGUGAUCUUGAAGUGUUAGUUCUCCCUUACCAGGGAGGGUUGCUAGCAGUUAUUAGCCUUCCCCCAGCUGAUUCUGAGCUUUGUGCAUUCACAUUCAUGAGGCUGAUUGUGCCAUGACACUGUAACUGCAGAAUGAAUACUUCUGACUAUAUGUUCUCAUGUGAUCUGUUUCAACAGCAUACGUUGAAAAUGGGACAGCUUUUGUGUUUUUUGGUUGUACUUUGUCUUCCAGGAAAUUGGCACUAGAGUUAAAAAGCAGAUUUUAUUGCACAUUCAGUUGCUAUUAUGAUUGCCUGAAUGCAGCUCUUGGUUUGAUGGGAAAGGAGCAGAAAUACCUUAUUUUCAGUACUUACCUGAAUCUGGGAUGGAAUUAUUUUCUACUUCUGAUGCUGGUGUUUACCUUGUCAGCUUUUUGGUCAGGCAGAGGGAAGUCAAGUCACUGGAUGUAAGAUGCUGUCUAGUUGUGUUUCCCCAUUUGGAAGGAUUUUGAGAGAAUAAAAUUUCAAGUUAAACGGGACCUACGUUAAGGCAAGUGCUGCAUCAUCCUCUGAUCGGUAAAGGUAUUGGGAAAUACUGGGUGUGUCUGAUUUGUUUCUCAAGAUCUCCGCCUAAUCUUCUGCACAUGGGUGGGGAAGCAAGAAAUUCCAGCUGCAGCCCAAACCGACUCUCUUUAAGAUGUGGGUGACUGGAGGCUGAUGUCUGCUUUUCUUUUGGAUGUGAAGACCAUAAGCACUUCUUUGAGUGUUUUUUACAUAUAUUAAUAAUAUUGCCAGUGCUUUACAUUGCUUUCCCUCCCCCUUUUCCCCUUUUGUCUCCUUCUCCAGUUCAGUAAUUGUAGGCUCCAUAUGUUGCAGGUCACAUGGUUCUAUGACACAUGUGUGUGUCUGUAUAUAUGAGAUGCCUGGGGACUCUGCUCAGACUGCGCUGAACUUCCCUCUUCAGAGCUGCUCACCAUUUCAGAGAAGUCACUUGCCACCAUGAUGACUGGGGGUUUAUCUGAGACCAAGCCAGCUACUCCAGAAAUUCAGCAGCUUGUUAACCAGGUGAAGCCACAGUUUCAAAGCCAGGCAAACACGAACUGUGCUGUCUUUACAGCCAUAGUAUAUAAGACUCAAGUGGUUGCUGGGACCAUGUACUUUAUUAAGGUCCAAGUUUCUGAUGGUGAAUAUGUCCACUUAAAGGUGUUUGAGAGUCUUCCUCAUGAGAACACAGGUCCCAGCCUUGUCGGUUUUCAGACUGGCAAAACCAGAGAUGACCCUCUGACCUACUUCUAAGACAUGAUGUGUUGCAGUGCCUCACCUCUGCAAAUCCUAUGGGGAUUCUGCCCAUGACAGUAAAUAAAAUAAGUAAAUAAAA